UUGAACAAACAUUUGGUUAGUUCGCUUUGUCAUGAACGCAUGUAUAUUUUUUAAUACGUUCUAUUCAUGUCAUAUGUAGUUACUGUUUUACACAAAUGUAUACUUGAAGAAACAAUUUUGUGUUAGAGGAUUGCAGUCACAUACCUUUCUGGACACAAAAUUAUUUUGAACGAUACAUUUGCGAUAAGUGUUAUCAUUCAAAAGAUAAUCAAGUGAUCAGACUUUUUAGUUCAAACUGAUUUGGAUUGACGGAAUAUGGGCUGUUUUAAUACUGUUUGGAGUAAAGCAAAAUCAAAAGUCCAGUCAUGGCACAAGACAGAGUUUAUCGCAAGCAAGGUUCGGGACCCUAUAUUUGGGAACAUAAUAACUAUGUCCAUAGCGGAAACUGCAGCUUAUAGAAUUAUCAUGCAAGAUGUGAGAGUGGGUCUAUUACCUUCAUAUGCGCCUUAUUUGCUGAUAUCAAUCGUCGCAAUGUUCGAGGCAAUACUUGGCCCUUUAGUUGCGUGGUGUGGAUACAAAACACGGAAGAGAAUGUUGCUUGGCUGGUCAUUUGGUUUCAUCUUGGCUUCUUUUUGCUGGUUUACAAUCCCGUCACCCGAUAAACUUGAGGAGUCAGAAUUUUGCGAAUAUCCAACUGUCAACACAUAUAUUCUCUUCGUCGGUCUACCAGCUCGGACAGCAGUGCGGAUGGUCGUGACAGUAUUUGUAGCAAUAUGCUUCUGUUUGGCGAGGGUGGCCACAUGGAGCCAUUACAUAGCUUACGCAGAUGACCAAGAUCCUAACAAAACUACUGUUGCCUUUGGACUCCUUGUUAUCGCUCGAGUGAUACCCUUUAUUUAUGGUUAUAAGAUGCUGAGUAUGAUUGUGGAGGUGACCGUCCUUCUAAAGAUCCUCAUUAUAACACUAACAACACUCCUAAACAUAGCAAAAAUUUAUUUCGUUGUACCGACAUCUGAGCAACAAAUCGAAGCGAAAGCACCUCCAAUGGAAAACAGAGGUUUCUUCAGGAGUUUGUUUCGAGUGCUGUGUAAUGUUCUCGCUAUGUCCCAAAUUCUGUCCGUGGCGCUACUCGCAGCUGCCUGCUGGGGAUUUGGGUUUAACGAAGAAGAGAUAGUCAAGACAAACUACGACAUUAACGCCUCGAAUGCAGGCAUAAUCGAUCAUCAUGUGGAAUUCUUUCGUUAUCUAUGUGCGAUUCUUGGUGUGGUGUACAUUGGCGUCAAGUAUUCAUCACCAAUACGGACCGAGUAUGAAAUACCCAGGGCCCUCAAGCACAUCUCGAAAAUGACACUUAUCGCUGCAAUUAUGUAUAUAGUUAUUGUUAUGGUGCCGCCAUGUAAUAAGGGUCGCGUGGCUGGCUUAGAAAACAGCAAUGUAUACACGCAUCCUCAAUGCAGUUUGUCGUGUGGUUGCGUGCCAAAAUGGAAUGAGUACAAUCCUGUAUGUGUAGUGGACACGAUGACGACCUACCUUUCACCAUGUGAGGCUGGCUGCACAGGUUCCUUUGCAAUUGACAAUUUAAUGGUAUACUCCAACUGCAGUUGCGCAGGUCCUUCAGGGCGAGUGGCACCGGGAUCUUGCAGUUAUUUCAACUGUCAGACUGGAUAUAAUUUUCAUAAGACAGCUUCUGCAGCAAUCGUGAUUUUGUCAGUGCUAGCGUUCCAGUCACAAGGCAUGGUGAUCCUCAAAUCUGUGGACCCUCGUGAUAAGUCCAUCGCCAUGGGAAUGAUGUGGUCUGUCAUUGCAGCUGUUUCUUAUGUCUGUGCUAACAAUAUCUUCUUGUCUAUUGCAUGGAAAACAUGCAGUUGGUACACAGGAGACAAAUGCCAACUUUACGAACAGAGAUUCUCUUAUAUAAUCGGAUUUACCUGCGCAGGACUCGUGUUUAUAGCAUUAGUUAUAAACUUCGUAGCCAUAGGAUACCUGAGAUUAAAAAACAGAAGAGCAGAAGAUAGAAACGUAGAUAACGAAGAGAGAACUGUUAUAGAAUAGAAUUAUUCGUGAUACUUGCCUCAAGUAAUUUCGUUGAUUCGGAGAAUAACUUAAACAUAAUUAUAAAAUAAAGAACAAAAGUAUUUUGUAAUUAAAAACUUAUUUGUUAAGUAUAAAGUAUAUAUCUGACUGGAGUAGAAUUAACCCUAUUUUCCGCUGAAGAUAAAUAUUUAAGAAACAAAAAUUAAAUUUAGAUUAUAUUGUUUUACUGAUACUGUUAUACGACCAGUCUUGAUGUACGGCUGUGAGGCUAAGACGCUAACCAUAUAAGAGGAGCAGAAGCCACUGGAGGCGGAAGUCAAGAUAUUGUGUAAAAUCCUGGGGCGACAAGGAGAGAGGAUAGGUCAUAUGGAGUCCGAAAGAAUGCCAAAAUAGAAUAGUUAGUAGCCAAACUCAACAUUAUAAGUGAACUAGCAAACUCGGCGAACUCCGUUUCGCCAGCAGAUGGCUUCGUUUUAUGUCACAUUUCGUUUGGUGAUCCCGCUUUUCUGCUGAAUUUUCUUUGCUAUAAACCUCACGGAGCCCGAGACCUUUCCAACGAAUGCAAAACCGUAGAAAUCGGUUUGUGCGUUCUGGAGUUAUAGCGUCAGGAAGGAAAACCCGUCUUAUUUUUAUAUAGUAGAUAUAAGGCUACGUUGGCUGGGGCACCUUGAGCACAUGGGCCCCGGACUGUGAAGGAAGCUUAUCUGAGCUGGCCUAGGUACUGCUGGAUUGAUAAAGUGGAGGAGGACCUGCUACAGCCGAAAGCCAGCAAUUGGCGGGAGGUGAGAAAGGAAGAUUCUCACUUCAAAGGCCAAGUCAGUUUUUGGCCUUCUUUGGCCCAGAGCCAGUAGAAUAAGCGUGAUUUAAUUAUAAUUUAAAUAAAAUUUCCUACUUAGAGUUAAUAUAAAAAGUAUUAAUAAUUUAAGUUAUAUUAUAUAAACAAAUUUAAAUAAUAAAUGGGUCGUUAAUUUAAUUCAUACUAAUAUACUACUUAUAUUAUCGUUAUCUAA